AUGCCCUUGGUGUCAGCGGUGGUCAGUGGACAAGUGUCUGAUGCCAGUGGGGGUCAGUGGAGAAAUGUUCUGUUGUCAAUUGUGGUCAGUGAAAAACUGUUCAGGUAUCAGUGGUGGCCAGUGGAAAGGUGUUCUGGUGUCACUGGAGGUUACUGCGGUACCCCUGGUGUCAGUGGUGGUCAGUGGAGAAGUGCCCUUGUCAGUGAUGGUCAACAGAAAUGUGCCUCUGGUGUGACUUGCCUUCAUGAUUUCUUUGGUGAGGAUGAUGUAUUUAUUGCAUGUGGCCCAGAGAAAUUCCGAUAUGCUCAAGAUGACUUUUCUCUGGAUGACAACGAGUGCCGUGUCAUGAAAGGAAACCCUCCACCAACACCGACACCAAAACCAGGCCCCACUGCUCUGAAGAGUUCAGCCAAGAGUCCAGCACCACAACGCCGUAGCAAAUCCCCUGCCGAUUCAGCUAAUGGAACAUCAAGCAGUCAACUGUCUACUCCUAAAUCCAAGCAGUCUCCAAUCUCUACUCCAACCAGUCCUGGAAGUCUCCGUAAGCACAAGGACCUGUACUUACCCCUGUCUUUAGAUGACUCUGACUCCCUUGGGGACUCCAUGUAAAGAAUAACAGUGUAAAGAGAAAAGCAGACCAACACACUGGUGCUUUUUAGAGAAUCCAAUUACAGCUUUCACUGUUAUUUUUUCUUUUUUCCAAUAAUUAAUAGUUUGUGUCAUAAAUUGUAUGUGACCGAGGCUGAUUGGGAUAAGCGACUGUUUUAUAGUGAUGAAGCAGGCUUCACAAUUGUAUUCUGUAUGCAAAUAUGCCAUUUAGGAGAUGUACCUA